AUGAAGCUCUGUGUGACUGUCCUCUCUCUCCUCGUGCUAGUGGCUGCCUUCUGCUCUCCGGCACUCUCGGCGCCAAUGGGCUCAGACCCCCCCACGGCCUGCUGCUUCUCCUACACCGUGCGGAAAGUUCCUCGGAGCUACGUGGAGGAUUACUACGAGACCAGCAGCCUUUGCUCCCAGCCCGCUGUGGUAUUCCAGACCAAAAAGGGCAGACAAAUCUGUGCCAACCCCAGUGAGCCCUGGGUCCAGGAGUACAUGAAUGACCUGGAACUGAACUGA